UCAAUACAGAAAACCACAAAGAUGCAAGCCCAACUCCAUUGCUUGUGUCUCCUUGCACUUUAUUUGACAACUGGAUAUGGCCAAGAAAGGAAGUUUAGUGGACCCCUGCAACCCAUGACAUUUUCUAUUUUUGAAGGCCAAGAACCAAGUCAAGUCAUAUUCCAGUUUAAGGCCAAUCCUCCUGCUGUGAAUUUCAAACUAACUGGAGAGACAGAUGGCAUAUUUCAGAUACAGCAAGAUGGACUUUUGUAUCAUAACAAAGCCCUGGACAGAGAAACAAGAGCUGUUCACAAACUCCAGGUCUCAGCCCUGGAUGCUUCUGGAGCUAUAGUGGAGGGUCCAGUUCCCAUCACCAUAGAAGUGAAGGACAUCAAUGACAACCGGCCCACAUUUCUCCAGCUAAAGUAUGAAGGCUCAGUAAGACAGAAUUCUCGCCCAGGAAAGCCCUUCAUGUAUGUCAAUGCUACAGACCUGGAUGACCCAACUACUCCAAAUGGUCAGCUUUUUUAUGAAAUUAUCAUCCAGCUUCCCAAGAUCAACAAUGUGAUGUACUUUCAGAUCAACAACAAAACAGGGGCAAUUUCACUUACCCAACAAGGAUCUCAGGAAUUGGAUCCCGUUAAGAAUGCUUUCUACAGUCUGGUGGUCUCAGUGAAGGACAUGGGAGGCCAGAGUGAUCAUUCCUUCAGUGACAGCACAUCUGUGAAUAUUGUGGUGAAGGAGAAUAUUUGGAAAGCACCAGAGCCUGUGGAGAUUGUAGAAAACUCAACUGAUCCUCAUCCCAUCAAAAUCACUCAGGUGCAGUGGAAUGAGCCAGGUGCACACUACCUCUUAGUUGAAAAGGAAAAGAUGCCAAGUUUUCCAUUUUCAAUUGACCAAGAAGGAAGUAUUUAUGUGACUCGGCCCUUGGACCGUGAAGAAAAGGAUUCGUAUGUUUUUCAUGCCCUGGCAAAGGAUGAGACUGGAACACCACUUGCCCGCUCACUGCAAAUUCAUGUGAAAGUUAAAGACAUUAAUGAUAAUCCACCUACAUGUCCAUCUGCGGUGACUGUGUUUGAGGUCCAGGAGAAUGAAAAUAUGGGUAGCAAUAUUGGGACUUUUAUUGCCCAUGACAUGGAUGAAGAAAAUACUCCCAACAGUGUUUUAAGGUACAGAAUUGCGGAUCAAAUUCCCAAAAUUUCCAUGGGAGAACUCUUCCUGAUGGAUUCCUACUUGGGAGUGGUCCAGUUAGCUGGGCAGUUCUUGAAGAAGCAAGAUACUCCACAAUACAACUUGACAAUAGAGGUGUCUGACAAAGAUUUCAAAACCCUCUGUCAUGUAGAGAUCAAUGUUAUUGAUAUCAAUGAUCAGAUCCCCAUCUUUGAAAAAUCAGAUUAUGGAAACCUGACUCUUGCUGAAGACACAGCCGUUGGGUCCACCAUCUUAACCAUCCGGGCCACAGACGCUGAUGAGCCAUUUACUGGGAGUUCUAAAAUCCUGUAUCGUAUCACACAGGGAGACAAUGAGAGGCGACUGGGGAUUGAUACAGAUCCCCAAACCAAUGUUGGAUAUGUCAUAAUUAAAAAGCCUCUUGAUUUUGAAACAGUAGCCAUUUACAACAUUGUGUUCCAAGCGGAGAAUCCUGAGCCUCUGGUGCCUGGUGUAAAUUAUAACACCAGCUCUUCUGCCACGUUCAAGCUUAUUGUGAAAGAUGUGAACGAAGCCCCCCAAUUUUCCCAGCGUGUGUACCAAGCAAUAGUUGUGGAAGAUGUGGCCAUAGGCACUAGAGUGGGCAACGUGACUGCCAAGGAUCCGGAAAAUCUGGACAUAAGUUAUUCUCUGAGAGGCAACAGGAGAGACUGGCUUAAAAUUGACCCCGUCACUGGUGAGAUAUUUACCGCGGCUCUGCUGGACAGGGAAGCUGAAAGUCUGUAUCGGGUACAAGUGGUGGCAACUGAAGUAGGCGGCUCCUCCCAGAGCUCCACCGCCAGUUUCCACCUGACCCUCUGGGACAUCAAUGACAACCCCCCUCGGCUAGCCAAGGAGUACACAGGCUUGUUUCUGUGUCAUCCCCUCCAGCAGGAGGGGACUCUCAUUUUUGAGGUCACUGAUGAUGAUCGGCAGUCAUUGCUGCAUCAACACGUUUCAUUUUCCAUUGGCAGUGAAAGCUUCCAACAUGACUGGAAUGUUUUGAGAAUCAAUGACACUCAUGGCAAACUUUCGACCAAGGGCACGAACUUUGAAGAGCGAGUUUACAAUGUCCCAAUCCGCGUCCGUGACGGUGGUAGGCCACCCUUGGAAGGGCUGGUCUAUUUACCAGUUACUUUCUGCAGGUGUGUGGAAGGAAGUUGUUUUCGGCCAGCAGGUCACCAGUCUGGGAUGCCCACUGUGGGCAUGGCAGUUGGUAUACUCCUGACCACAUUUUUGGUUAUUGGUGUAAUUUUAGCAGUUGUGUUUAUCCGAAUAAAGAAGAAUGAAGGCAAAGAUAAUGUCCAAAGUGCUCAGGCAUCCGAAGCCCAACCUCUGAGAAACUGAAUUUGAACAGGAAUGUUUGAGUUUAUGCACCAAGUACUAUUUCAGUCACACAACCAUUUAAUCCCAUAGUUUUACUUUUUAUCCAACAUGUGCUCUGUAAUUUUUUACAGAUAUACA